CGCCCUGUUAUGACCUCAUCGGCCGAGCCCACCAACCGCAAAGCUUUGCCGCCUGCUAGCGUUGACACGCCCGUACAAGAACGGGCAGGCUUGGCCAUGGGGCCGCUGACGAGGCCCUACGACAUUCUGGAGGCGAUACAUGCUUGGAUAAAAUAAAUGAAUACAACAAGAAGAUAGCAACGCCGACAAUGCCUGUCACCGACGACGUCCGUACCGUUGCCGGCGUGUUUUACCAGGCAUUUGUUACGUUCCCCUACCACGCAUACAUGACACCGCGCUCGGGUUCCAACUUGUCGUCAAAGCCGCGCGAUACCAACAUGCACACCGCGUCCGCUGAGCCCGGACAUCUGGCGCGCGGCGGUGGUGCGCCCUCUCGCCCCAACAACCAUGCAAAGGACACCGAUGAGGCCUCCGCCAAGGACCGGGUGCCGUCGCCCCCACUACGGGACGAAACGUUCAGCGACCAAGUCCUGGCCAUGUGCACCUCGGCCGAGACCGUGUCGUCCCUCCUGGCACAGGAACCUGGCCUGGCCCCCAAGGAGGCGUGGAAGAGGCUGUGUGUCAGUGAAGGUGCAGCCCGAGGACAGCCAUCAACGUCAACGGUGCCCGAGGGCAGUGGAGGUACGCUCCCAGCAGACAGCCUCGACAGGGCCGCCAUGUGCGGGCGCUGGGGCUCCCAGAGGCCCAGCGAUCUGUUCCUCAAGAUGUACCACGACGCGCUGGUGUCCAUCGACGGACAUCCGGAAAGAGGAAUGGUCAGCCCGUCUUUGAUGGGCAGCAGUGGCGUUCUCCCCCUGACGAUAAUCUCAACAAUCCCCGACAUCGUUCGGCACAUGGCAAACCUCAUCGUCGCCGCCAACCGCGAGGUCUUCCUGGCCACCAACUUUUGGCAAAACAGCGUGGCGUCCAAGGUCAUCACCGACGCCCUCAAGGAGCUGUCCCGACGCGUCGGCGAGCGCGGCUCGGGCGAAAAGGUGGUGGUCAAGAUUAUGUACGACCGCGGCUCCAUCCGCCAGCUCGUCGAUCCGCACGCCGUCGUAUCGGAAAAGGACUACGCCGGCGGCGCGGUCGGGCUGCCCGCCGCGGCCGAGGUGCCGAACCUGGAGCUCGAGGUCAUGAACUACCACAGCCCCAUCCUCGGCACCUUCCACAGCAAGUUCAUGAUCGUCGACCGGCGCGCCGCCGUGCUGCAGAGCAACAACAUCCAGGACAACGACAACCUCGAGAUGCUGGUGCACCUCGAGGGCCCCGUCGUCGACGCCGUCUACGACAUGGCGCUGCUGUCGUGGAGCAAGGCGCUGAGCCCGCCGCUGCCGACGCGCGACAGUCCUGCUGCUUCCGAAGACGCCCCUUGCUUCCGGGCAGGCCCUGAAACCAUGUCUGAACCCGCAGCGCCGCCAACUCCCCCUAGCGGCGAAGCCGACGCCGGCGGCCCAGUCUAUGACGCCACCAUCGACGCCGAGGCCCGGCGCGUGCAGGCGCUCCUCACACCCUCACCCUCAAACCCAUCAAAAACACACCUGGACGCUGUGACGCGCCACCUCAACCACACGACGAACCCCGACUUCCGCCCCGAGCCGAGACAGGCCGCGGCCUCUACCACCGCCGUGGCGGCGCCCGAGGAUGACAUGACGCCGCUGCUCGCCCACGCGCCGCACGACCCGUUCCCCAUGGCGCUCGUGUGCCGCCCUCCGCACGGCCCGCCCGACAACAGCUCCGACUCGAACCCGCAGAACGCGGCGUGGCUGGCGGCGCUGCGGUACGCCACCGAGAGCGUCUUCAUCCAGAGCCCGACGCUCAACGCGGAGCCGCUGCUGCCGGCCAUCGUGGAGGCGUGCGAGCGCGGGGUGGACGUGACCUGUUUCAUAUGUCUCGGGUACAACGACAUUGGCGAACUCCUCCCAAAGCAGGGCGGCCACAACGAAAUGAUCGCCCACCGCCUACAUACCGCCCUCUCACCCACUGGCCGCGAGCGCCUGCACUACCACUGGUACGUGGGCCGCGACUGCGCCGCGCCGCUCACGCAGAGCCGGCGGCUGCGGUCGUGCCACAUCAAGCUGCUCGUGGCCGACGGCCGCGUCGCCGUCGUCGGCAGCGGCAACCAGGACACCCAGAGCUGGAUGCACAGCCAGGAGGUCAACGCGCUGCUGGACCUGCCGCCGCACGUGGCGCGCGACUGGGCCGAGGGGCUGCGCCGGAACCAGAACACGCACCUGUACGGCGCCCUGGACCCUGUCGACGGCGUCUGGAGGGACAAGGAUGGGAACGAGGCCGACGAGGCGACCGGGGUCGAUCCGGGGCGGUUCAGCUGGGGUAAAGGGAUUGUUGCGGCGUUGAAGAGGGUCAAGGGGACGGGUGGGUUCUGAGCGGGGGGGGAAAGGGACAUGCAUUUCUUAUGUUGUGCUAUAGUUUUGCAAGCGUGUAUAAUGACAUUCCUAGCCAUCCAGGUAGAAUAUGUGGAAACCACCAUUCCCAGUACCAAGACUAGGUUGGCUGUCGUGACUUGACGGUCACAUGUCGAGUACUUACUCCCGUGUACAU